AAAACGGACAGAACGGUGCAAUAAAAAGACCAAGGAAUUGAAUGCCAGGAGAGAUUUGGAUUAAAUGCCGAGACAGAGCUCUCGCACUCUGGCCUACUUGACCUUCAUUUCUUGAUGCUUUUUCAUUUUCCCUUUCAUGAUCUUGUGGAGCAAAUGCCUACACCACCACAAGAGUUCGAUAAAUACAUUUUAUUUUAGACCGAGAAAACCAUUACUCUUUAUAUACAAAAAAACUAAAAACCAACAAAGAAUUUCUCUAGGUUUUAUUAACUGCAGUGAAUCUGAUUCCCCAAUUUGGAAUUUCCCCCUUUAUUUUCCCCUCUCUCGCUGUCUCUAUUCAGACGCAUUAUUUUACGUCACUGAGAAAUUUUUCAUUUUGAUUUCCGAGGAAAAUGGGGUUGAUAUCUGGGAUCUUUAUGGGAAUGAUCUUCGGGAUCGCGGUUAUGGCGGGAUGGAAGCACAUGAUGAGGUACCGAAGCACCAAGCGAAUUGCCAAGGCAGUUGAUAUAAAACUUCUCGGGUCCUUAAACAGAGAUGAUUUGAAGAAAAUAUGCGGCGAUAAUUUUCCUGAUUGGAUAUCUUUUCCUGUCUUUGAGCAGGUGAAGUGGCUGAACAAGCAACUGAGCAAGUUAUGGCCAUUUGUGGCAGAUGCAGCUACAAUGGUAGUAAAAGAAUCUGUUGAACCACUAUUAGAAGAUUAUCGACCCCCAGGGAUUACUUCAUUAAAGUUCAACAAAUUUUCUCUUGGAACUGUGCCACCCAAGAUUGAAGGUAUACGUGUUCAGAGUCUUAAGAAAGGUCAAAUCAUUAUGGAUAUUGAUUUUCGAUGGGGUGGUGAUCCAAGCAUCAUUUUAGGCGUUGAAGCUGCACUUGUUGCUUCUAUACCCAUUCAGUUGAAAGACCUUGAAGUUUAUACUGUGAUCCGAGUUAUCUUCCAACUUGCUGAGGAGAUACCAUGCAUUUCUGCUGUUGUUAUUGCUCUACUUUCUGAGCCAAAGCCUAAAAUUGACUAUGUUCUGAAAGCUGUUGGUGGAAGCUUAACAGCCAUUCCUGGACUAUCAGAUAUGAUUGAUGACACUGUGCAUUCAAUUGUCACAGAUAUGCUUCAGUGGCCCCACAGGGUUGUUGUUCCAAUUGGUGGUAUACCUGUUGAUACAAGUGAAUUAGAGCUUAAACCAGAAGGAAAGCUUACAGUGACAGUAGUCAAAGCAAAUGAUUUGAAGAACAUGGAAAUGAUUGGAAAAUCUGAUCCUUAUGUGGUUCUAUAUAUUCGGCCAAUGUUCAAGGUUAAAUCUCGUACUAUUGAGAACAACCUCAAUCCUGUUUGGGAUCAAACAUUCGAGAUGAUUGCUGAAGACAAGGAGACACAGUCUCUUAUUCUUGAGGUCUUUGAUAAGGAUAUUGGGCAAGACAAGAGGUUGGGAAUAGCAAAAUUGCCUUUGAUUGAGCUAGAAGCAGAAACAUGGAAACAACAUGAGUUAAGACUGUUACCAGCACUUGACAUGUUGAAGAUUAAGGAUAAAAAGGAUGGAGGAACUCUUACAAUUAAGGUUUUGUACCAUGCAUUUAACAAAGAGGAGCAAUUGGCUGCUCUAGAAGAAGAGAAGAGGAUUAUAGAAGAAAGGAAGAAGCUCAAAGAAGCAGGAGUUAUAGGGAGCACAAUGGAUGCACUUGAUGGAGCAGUGGGGCUGGUGGGUACUGGCAUUGCUGGUGGAGUUGGCCUUGUUGGAACUGGUAUUGGUGCUGGGGUUGGGCUGGUGGGAACUGGUGUUGGCGCUGGUGUAGGCAUCGUGGGCAGUGGCCUUGGAGCUGUUGGCAGUGGGCUGAGCAAAGCAGGGAAGUUCGUGGGCAGGACAUUUACUGGGCAAUCCAGCAAGAGAAGUGGCUCCUCAACUCCGGUCAAUAGCGUGCAGGAAAAUGGCGGGGCAAAACCUCUGUAGAACGAUACGUGAAUUUGACCUUUUGGCUUGCACUCCCGGGACUUUAGAUUGAGAACUUUGUUUGGCAAAUUUAUGUCUUGUUUCAUAGCGUUUCUCCAGUAUAUUGAUCUUUCUGCAACUUUGGCAGGUUAUUCUCCAUCCUAGUUUCAACUGUAACUUCUUCCUUUCCUCGUGAAAUUUAUGUUCUGAUUAUAUAGCAUACUCUUCAAAUCUUUGAUGUGUACAAAAUAAUAUGAUUUCUUUUUUCUC